AUGCGGGUCGGCCUCACCACCAACUGGCUCUUCGCAAGAUGCCCUGAUGCCAUCCGGAUGCGCUCAGUUUCCUUCCGGCUCUUUCAUACCACACUCAAGCAGUCCCACGACGAUUCCGCCAAGCCUCAGCGCCCGCUUCAGGAACAGAGAAUACCGUCACGAAUACACAUUAUAGGUGUGGGAAAUAUUGGAGGAUUCCUGGCCCACUCUUUAGCUGGUGAUACUAAACACCUGCCAAUAACCCUCUUACUGCACAAUUCCAAGACACUGGAACGGUGGGGAAAGAAUAGGCAACGGAUAACAUUGGUACGAAAUGGACUCGCAGAGCAUAGAUGGGGCUUCGAUAUCAAUGUUAAAAGAGAUGGUAUUUGGUAUUACGUGCCGCAGGAUUCAAAGCUAGCCCAGGAACAGAAGAAAGCUGGCGGGCUACAAGGGUGCGGUGGGUGUUAG